AAUUCAGAUGAAUUAUAUCCGUCAUCCUGCAGUAAUGAAAAUCCUCAUGCUUGUCAAUAUCAGCGUGGCUUAUUAGAUCAUCAAAUAUCGUCUAAAACAGGUUAUGAAUAUGUGUUACAAGAUAUAUGUGAUGGUAUCAUUUCACAUGUUUAUAAUUAUGAAACAGAUGAAACUAAUUGUGAACAUUGGCCAUGUUAUUUAUUCUCAACUGUAUGUGACGGAAGAAAGAAUUGUUUAGAUGGAAAAGAUGAAAAAGGUUGUAUUUUUACUAUAGAACAACAAUCAAUGGGAAAGUAUCAUGAUGAUAAUGAUGAUGAUUCUUUGUUAAUAUGGUAUUGUAAUAGAGGUGUCAUGGCAAGAACAAAACCAGAUAACAAGCCCGUCUGUUUCUGUCCACCGUAUUAUUAUGGUGAUCGUUGUCAAUAUCAAAGUAAUCGUUUAACAGUUAUUCUAUUACUAUCAAUGUCAAAUCCAUAUAGAAAUAAAUUUAUUUUUAAAACAAUUUUAUAUUUAUUAAACGAUAAACAACGAAUUGUUUAUUAUGAUGAAAUUAUGGAUAAACCAUAUUUAAUAAUUAAACAUCUUGUAUAUUUAAUUUAUUCAUCUUUAUCAACUAAUAAUUACUCUGUUCAUAUUGAAACAUAUAUAAUCACAACAGAUAAUUUGAAAUUGAUAGCAUCAUGGUUAUAUAAUAUACAAUUUUCAUUUUUAUUACCAGUUAAUCGUUUAGUAGUUAAACUGCAUUUAGAAGAACAACAGCAAGAACAAGAAGUAAAAAAUGUCGAUACAUGUGGUCAACAUGGUAAAGCAAUAAAAUAUUUGAAUAUUAACGAGUACUAUUGUCAGUGUGAGGUAGGAUGGAGUGGAGAAAAAUGUAUUGAAACUGAUAGAAUAUGUAAAAAUGAUAGCUGUUCAUCAAAUGGUAGAUGUAUUGUUGUUGAAGAGGAUUCAAAAUGUCUUUGUCCAUUAACAAAAUAUGGUCCAACAUGUCGUGUUAGAAUUCCACCAUGUCGGUGGGAUAAUAGAUGUCAACAUCACAGUACAUGUGUUUCUUUUAAUGGAAAAGGUGAUUCUAAUUUUAAUUAUCAAUCGGAUCAUAUUUGUAUGUGUUUAAAUAACACAUUUGAUAUUGGAUGUUCGUAUUUUAUUGAAAACAUAUAUUUAACAUUGCCACCGUCUAAUAAUACUCUACCAUUUGUUAUGAUUCAUUUUGCAAAUGUAGUUUUUAAAUAUCCUAGUUCAAUUAAAUUUAGUAGUCAAAUAUUAUUUAAAAAUAUUAAUAAAAAUUUAACAAUCAUACAAGAUUCAUUCACAUUAAGUAAUAUAAAUUAUAUGUUUAUACAAGUUUAUUCCACUAUAAUGUAUAAUGAUCAUUAUACAUUGUAUUUUUAUCACCUACUGAAUUGCUAUAAAAAUGACGGAUCCAUUUCAGAGCAUUGUAUUAAUAUAAACAAGUUAACAAUAUGUUUAAAUAUAAAACAAAUAUUUAAUCAAUCAGUUUUGUCAUUACAUGCAUUACAACGCCUAAAAUAUUAUAAUGAACCAUGUCUUCGUCAAAAUAAUUCAGUUAUUCAUUGCUUCUAUGAUGAUAUUUAUAUAUGUUUAUGUGAUCAUCAGUUAUUAUUUACACAAUGUUAUUUUUUUAAUCAUCGUGAAAGACAAUGUGACAGAAAUAAUCAAAAAUGUUUCAAUGAUGGUUAUUGUAUACAAGAUAAGUUAUCUAAUCAUUUUGCUUGUCUUUGUCAGCGGUGUACAUAUGGAUCAUCGUGUCAGUUUCGGACAGAUCAAUAUACAGUAACAUUAGAUGCAUUAAUUGAUACAGAAGUUACACAGUCAUUGGUAAUUAAACCAACAUUUGCUGCUGUAAUUACAAUGUUUGCUGUUGGUACAAUAUUUAACGUCUUAUCAAUAAUGACAUUUCAUCAGAAGAACGCACGUGAAGUUGGUUGUGGACUGUAUCUAUUUUACUUAUCAAUCACUGGUCAGUUAGCUUUAAUUAUGUUUGUACUUAGAUAUUUCAUGACAACAGAAGUGAUUAUUAACGAACCUUUUACGUAUAUUUUAUUAGAGCUCUCUUUAACUGUAUUACCAUCUGUUUAUGACUGGCUAACAGCAUGUAUUGCAAUCGAACGCACAGUUAACGUAAUUAAAGGUGUUCAUUUUGAUAAAAAAUUGAGCAUUAAAUAUGCAAAACUUAUUAUUAUUGUUGUAUACCUUGCUGUUAUACUUAGCUCAUUACAUGAACCAUUUCAUCAACAAUUAGUUGAUGAUCCAAAUAUUGUUAAUCGUAAAUGGUUUGUUCUAGAAUUUAAUAGUACCAUGUUGGAAAAAUAUGAUUUGUACAUUAAUAUCAUUCAUUUAGUUGUUCCAUUUUUAAUUAAUUGCGUAUCAACUCUCAUCUUUAUUUCAAGUACUAUACGACGAAAAUCAAUGUCAGCAGCACCAACAACACCUACUAGUGAUAUAUUGAAAAAACAAUUACUGUUGUAUAAACAGUUUAUAGUUAGUCCAUUGAUUCUUAUUUCUUUAGAAUUACCACGUUUGACAUUUUCAUUUUCUUGUAUACAAUAUAAAUGGCAAACAUAUUUAUAUUUAACUGGAUAUUUUAUUUCAUUUGUGCCAUUAAUCAUACCAUUUUUUACAUUUAUUUUACCAUCGCCACUAUAUAAAACAGAAUUUAUUUCAAUUAUAAAAUGUUAUUCCCGAUGUUUUCGUUGA